AUGCCCGUGACCUCAGCACAUGUCAUGGGGUGGUCCGUGCACCUGCUGCCAGCCUGGAGCUUUACGGAGUUUGCGGAGAAUACUGCCAGGACCUUUUUACGGAGUAUCGAAGCUACUCUGACAACGGCGUCUGCUAACUACCAUGUGAUUUUGGUUGACAAAAUGGUGUCCCUCUGGCCCUGGAAGGGCGAGGAUAAUUCACCGGCAUCGUUUGAGAAAGCACUGUCGAGCUUGUCUACCAAGAUCACUCAGACGACAAAUCGUCUCGAUUCGCACCGACAGCAGGCCCGCCGAUUCAAAGCCCUAUGGACUCUCUACACGACCUUUGCGUACCUGCUCUACUCUAUCAUUCUCGCACUGGUCUUGGGAUGGCAGAAUUGGGGGAUUGUUGAAUAUGCGGCUGUCUUGGGAGGACCCGUAGUAAUCUACGCGGUUAGAGCGGUGGCGAGCAAGUUUUUCGAGUAUCGGAUCUCCAAAACACAGAACCAGCUGGACGAGCUCCACAAGCAACGCGAUGAGACGAUCGAGAAACUGAAGAUCGCUACCAAGUACAACUCGACGCAGCAGCUUCUCGAGAAAUAUGGCGGAGAGUCUCAAAAGACUACUCCAUCCAAGAGCGGCGGAGAUUCUAAGGGGAAGGAAACCGAAAGCAAAGCUGGCACACCGCAGAUGGCAGGGAGAACAGGGAUCGCACCUCCUCCGACGGCCAAUAUCAGACGUCCUCCGAACGAGUCGACCCCGGUCCACUCCCCCCCGGCAGCGAAGCCAUCCCGCAGUCUCACAGCUAUUUCGAGCAAAACCGAUUCCCGGGACCUCCGCCGCCCGUUGAUGAACCUGGCUUUGCACCGAAUGCUUUCCCCGCAGCUCCGCAGUAUAACGAGAGUCCCCGCUGGUAUGACCGGCUCUUGGAUGUCCUGCUUGGCGAGGACGAGACGCUCCCGAGGAACCGCCCCGCCGGGAAUGAAGAGUCUCGAAGAGCUUGGCCGGUGGAGGUGCGGAGGCUGUGGAGCCUGGAAUGGCGUGGAGAGCGAGACCAACAAGGUGCUUGCGGAUAUCAAGAGUCAAUCGCAGUCUGCGGAUGGCACGUGGGAAUCGGUGUCCAAGAAGGACGAAGACGUCUCGUCGAAUGGAGAGGUUACUGACGAUGGGGUGAUUGUCGGGAGCGAGGCGAAGGACUCGGAGGGCGAGGAGGAACCAGAACCGGAGCAAUCGCCCAGAAGAAGCAAGAGGGGAAGACCGAAAGGAGGGAAAAAGAAGAGCUAG